CAGUCCGUUCCCCGACUGGAACAGGACGUCAGGCGCGGGAUGUACGACGCGAUUCUGCACGUGGGAGACAUUGCCUACAAUCUGCAUUCCGACAACGGGAAAGUCGGCGACGCUUUCAUGCGCUUAAUAGAGCCGAUCGCGGCCUACGUUCCCUAUCAGGUGUUUCCCCUCAGAGGUGACCUCCCUGUCCCCGACAGCAACUUCUCGCACUACGACCACCGCUUCUCGAUGACAGACUCGCGCACCGGGAGUCUAAACAACCACUUCUACAGCUUCAAUAUGGGUCCGGCGCACUUCGUCUCCCUGUCCACUGAAUACUACUAUUACACGGACUUCGGUUGGAACCAAAUCCGCCGGCAAUACGAAUGGCUGGUCGACGACCUCCGCGCCGCCAACUCUCUGGAGAGUAGGGCUGAGCGACCGUGGAUUAUAACUAUGGCUCACAAGCCGUUGUAUUGCAUGACUGACGACCGCUCGUGUUCGCCGAUCGACAGCUCCGACGCUUUCCAGAGACGGCGUCUCAGGAAAGGCAUCAAAAUGCAGGGAUCGGGCAAAAGGAAGUACGGAUUGGAAGCGCUGUUCUUCAAGUACGGCGUCGACAUCCAGCUCUACGGACACGAACACAACUACCAGCGCCUGUUCCCCGUCUACGACAAUCACGUGCUGAACGGCUCCACAGCCCAUCCCUACCACAACCCGAAGGGACCGGUGGUUGUCAUCACCGGCAGUGCUGGAUGCGACGAACAUCACGCCAAGUUCCGCAAACACGUUCCCGAUUGGUCGGCCUUUCGCAGCACUGAUUACGGCUACACUCGGAUGACUGUCCACAACAAGACUCACGUGUCGCUGGAACAGGUGUCCGACGAUCAGAAGGGAAAGAUUAUCGACCGCUUUGUCGUCGUUAAGGAC